AGCUGGUAAUGGAUAUCUUCUUUCUCGCCUCCACACCCUUUUCCGCCUCCAUCCUCGCCGGGAAACACCACGCGGCCGCCAGCUCUUCCGCCUCCACAUGCGCUCUCUCCCUCUCCCUCAAACCCCAAUCCUCCGAAUCCAACAACUCCUCCACCUCUUCUUCCUCCCUUUCCGGCAACAUCCGCCGCCCCAACACCCACCGCAAGUCCGUCAAAUCCUCCCCAUCCAAACAUCCUCCGGCGAAACCAGAGUUCUCCACAAACCCCCUCAAAACCCUCGUAAAUCCCGCAAAUAACCCCAGUGCCAAUUCCAGUUCCCCCAGUCUCACCACGAAGCUCCGGUUAACCAGCAAACUCUCUCCGCCACCACCGGCGCCGUCUCCGCCGACAUUCCCGCAUGAAGAAAGGGGAAAUAGGAUUUCGGGGAAUUCGGUUACGAAUGAACCCCCGGGAGUUGAAUUCCGGCAGCAGGGGAAAAUCUUUGUGGGGAAUCUUCCGUUAUGGAUUAAGAAGCAUGAAUUGGCCGAGUUCUUUCGCCAGUUCGGGCCAAUAAAAAAUGUUAUACUGAUAAAGGGCCACAAUGAGACUGAGAGGAACAUGGGGUUUGGGUUUGUGAUAUACGAUGGAUCUACUGCGGAGAAGGCGGCAAUGAAGGCGGUGGAGUUUGAUGGGGUGGAGUUUCAUGGGAGGGUGUUGACAGUGAAGUUGGAUGAUGGGAGGAGGAUGAAGGAGAGGUCGGAUGACAGACAGAGGUGGGUGGAGGGGGCAGAGGAAGUAGAGUACAAGUCCAAGUGGCACGAAGAGAGGGACCGAUUGCGGAGGGAGUUUCGGAAGGUUUUGGAGACUCAGCCGGAGAAUUGGCAGGCUGUUGUUCGAGCUUUUCAGAGGGUUGAAAAGCCUUCCAGAAAAGAGUUUGGCUUGAUGGUGAACUACUAUGCAAGAAGGGGAGACAUGCAUCGUGCACGUGAAACUUUUGAGAGCAUGCGGGCCAGGGGAAUAGAGCCAACCUCCCAUGUCUAUACAAACUUAAUUCAUGCGUAUGCCGUUGGUAGAGAUAUGGAAGAAGCGCUAGCUUGUGUGAGGAAAAUGAAAGAUGAGGGCAUUGAAAUGAGCUUGGUAACUUACAGCAUUCUUGUUGGGGGAUUUGCUAGAGUUGGUAAUGUUGAAGCUGCAGAUCAAUGGUUUAAGGAGGCAAAAGAGAGACACACACCAUUGAAUGCCAUCAUAUAUGGAAAUAUAAUAUAUGCUCAUUGCCAAACCUAUAACAUGGAUCAAGCUGAAGCUUUGGUGAGGGAGAUGGAAGAAGAAGGUAUUGAUGCACCUAUUGAUAUCUAUCACACCAUGAUGGAUGGUUACACAAUGAUUGGAGAUGAAGAUAAAUGUCUAGUUGUUUUUAGGAGGCUUAAGGAAUGUGGAUUUUUGCCUUCAGUAAUCAGUUAUGGAUGCCUUAUUAAUCUUUACACUAAGAUGGGAAAAAUUUCCAAAGCCUUGGAGGUCAGCAAUAUGAUGAAGUUGGCGGGUAUAAAACAUAACAUGAAAACUUACUCUAUGUUGAUUAAUGGAUUUAUAAAAUUGAAAGAUUGGGCAAAUGCUUUUGCUAUAUUUGAAGAUUUAGUCAGAGAUGGCUUAAAGCCAGAUGUUAUUCUGUACAAUAACAUCAUCAGAGCUUUUUGUGGCAUGGGUUGCACGGAUCGUGCCCUUCGUACUGUUGAGAAAAUGCAAAGAGAGAGGCACAGGCCUACUUCACGAACAUUUAUGCCGAUCAUACAUAGGUUUGCAAGAGCUGGAGAGAUGAGAAGAGCACUAGAGGUUUUUGAUAUGAUGAGGAGGAGUGGCUGCAUUCCAACUGUGCACACCUUCAAUGCUUUGGUUUUAGGCCUUGUUGAAAAGCGUCAGAUGGAAAAAGCUGUUGGAAUAUUAGAAGAGAUGUUGCUGGCUGGUAUUUCUCCAAAUGAGCAUACGUAUACAACCAUCAUGCAUGGUUAUGCAUCACUUGGUGAUACUGGAAAAGCUUUUGAAUAUUUUACCAAAGUGAAAAAUGAGGGGUUGGAGCUUGACGUGUAUGCUUAUGAGGCAUUGCUCAAGGCAUGUUGCAAGUCUGGCAGGAUGCAAAGCGCGUUAGCAGUGACGAAAGAAAUGAGUGCUCAGAAGAUUCCAAGAAACACCUUUGUCUACAACAUAUUAAUUGAUGGAUGGGCUCGGCGAGGUGAUGUUUGGGAGGCUGCUGACUUGAUGCAACAAAUGAAAAAAGAAGGGGUUCAGCCAGACAUCCAUACUUAUACAUCUUUUAUAAAUGCGUGUUGCAAAGCUGGAGACAUGCAAAGGGCAGCAAAAACAAUUGAUGAAAUGCAAGUUGUGGGAGUGAAGCCAAAUGUGAAAACCUAUACUACACUUAUACAUGGGUGGGCACGGGCAUCUCUCCCAGAGAAAGCUUUAAGAUGCUUCGAAGAGAUGAAGAAGGCCGGACUGAAACCAGACAAAGCUGUAUACCAUUGUUUAAUGACAUCAUUGUUGUCCAGGGCUACUUUAGCAGAAGAAUACAUUUAUUCAGGAAUUCUGUCUGUGUGUGGAGAAAUGGUCCAAUCUGAAAUAAUAGUCGACAUGGGGACUGCAGUUCACUGGGCCAAGAGCUUACGCAAGAUUGAGAGGACGGGUGGAGAGAUCACAGAAGCACUACAGAAGACCUUCCCUCCUGAUUGGAACUUGCACAAUACUAUCAAUGCAAAUUCAGAUUUGGGCAAAAGUGAUGAUGGAUUAGACAUUAGUGAUGACGAUGGCAAAGCUUCAUCAUCAUAUUAUGAUUCCAACAGUGACAGUGAAGAUGAAGAUCAUCAAAACCAGUUUUGACCAGAGAAUAUGGCUUUAAACUACAAGUUACCCAAAUAUUGGACAGUUACUGUAGUCCCUGACCUGGUUUCCGGUAUGUAGUCCUAUCUGCAUCUUCUAAUUUUAUUUAAUAUGGGGAUCUACUGUUUCUCUUCUUUUCUUUUCUUUAUUUCACUGGUAAAUUGUCACACUACUUGGGGGGAUUAAGGCUUGUAAUUGUUGUUGUUGCUAUCUCUUGUAACAUAUCAAGGAAGUGAGUUUUUAGGCUCCCCAUCA